AUGCUGACCUGGAACGUGGGAGUGAAUCCAUCGUGUGUUCUAUGUUCUCACCCGAUGGAAACACGAAACCACUUAUUUUUCGAAUGUAUUUACUCUGCUAUGAUAUGGAAAGCUUUGGUGCAGGGUCUCCUCGGACGAAAGUACUCUACUGAUUGGCAAGCCAUCGUCUCGAUCAUCUCUGACUCGAACCAGCCACGAAUCUUCCUCUUCCUUGCUAGAUAUGCGUUUCAGGCCACCAUACACAGUAUCUGGAAGGAACGGAAUGCGCGGCGGCAUGGAGAGCAACCUAUAUCCCCAAAUCUCCUCGCUGUGCUUAUCGACAAGAUGAUCCGGAAUCGAGUCUCCUCCAUCCGAAUGUUGGGAGACCGGACGUAUGAAGAAGCUCUCCACACUUGGUUUGCAGCAAGACAAAAUACUUGA